GUUUUAACGUUGUUUGUGUCUGAAAUUUCAGUGAUUAUUCGAUGGAGAGAGGUCGGGAAGCAGCUGGGAACCAACAAAAUGGAAGCACUAACAAGGUUGAAAGAAAGGUUUUGGAGAAGAAUCGAAGAAACCAGAUGAAAUUGCUGUAUUCCAAGCUCAAUUCUCUCCUCCCACCCAAUCAAUCCACUGAUUCGCCAUUGACGGUGUUGGAUCAGAUAGAGGAGGCAAUUAAGUACAUACAAUCACUUACCGUCAAGCUCGACAAAGUCAAGGAGAAGAAGAAGAGAAUUCUUAUGUCGGCGCCGACGAGGAGCCCGAGUAGUAACCUACCGGAAUUGAAAAUCAAAGAGAUGGGUUCCGCUGUUGAGGUUGUUUUCAUGACGGAAUUGAAUGAUCGGUUCUUAUUUUAUGAGAUUAUUCGCAUCUUCCAUGAGGAGCGAGCCGAGAUCAUCAAUGCUACUUAUUCUGUUCUCGAUGACACCGUCCUUUACUCGCUCCAUGCUGAGAUUGAAGACGUGAUGUACGCGUUCGGAGCGACCAAACUAACGGAGAGGCUGAAAAGGUUAGCUUAUGAAUGGAAGAGUGAUGCAGAACAGCAGGCUGCAGGAGCUUCUUCCAGUGGUUAUGGUGGAAGCCAUCCGUCGGAGGACACUCCGACGGCGAGAUACGGUGGCUGUUUUUAGAGCCACAAGAUUGAUUGGAAGCCAAUUGGAAGACUUCAGGAGAUUUCGAGUGGAUAGGGAAAUGGUCGAUGGACCACCCAUUAUUUUAAGCGUUAUUAUUAUUAUUAUUAAAAAAAAAAAAGCUAUAAAUCGAGUUUCGUA